AUGAAUGAUCUAGAAGCUCCUUCAGAAGAGUAUCAAAUGGAUACUCUAUACAUUGAACAAGAGAGGGAAGGGCUACUAACUGGAAGGUUCUCAAGAGAGUCGCAAGACGAAAACCCAGUUGAG